UUUGGUCAUCAAUUCCUGCAAUUUUCUUUCACCCCCAACAGAGAAAACUAAUCAAGAAACAGUUAAGGAAAACAUCGAUCACUAAACAACUUUCAAGAAAAUGAGUGAACACGGUCAAGAAUUUGAAAUCACUGCCGCUACAACCACCAUUAAGAACGACGACAUCGUCAAUAACAACGAGCCCACCAAAAACCAAGAAAACCACCCCGAAGAAUCCAUUGAUUUCAACCUUCUCCGCCUUGAUUCGGCCUCCACCACCACCUACUACCAUACUCCAUGCAGCGCAUGUGGCUGUUCUGGCUCUUCUUCUUCUUCUCGUAUUCUUCCGGCCACCACCAAAAACAACAUUUCUUUCUCUUCCAACAACAGUAACAACAAACGUCGCUCUCCUGACCCAACUGCUCUUUUCUUGGACCCACCACCACAAGAUUAUCAAUAUUCCAAAAAACCAAAGAAACUCUUUCUUGACACCACUAUUCCCUCUCUCCGUGAUUUCUCCAAGAUCACACUUCCUUCCACCUCUUCCUUUCUUGGUUUUGGAUCACCCAGCAACUCGGCUUUCUCUCCUCCUGUCUUGCGCCGUUGCCAUUCGGAUCCUCUUCAGCCACCAGUGGGCCACCAGUUGGAAUCUUUAUCGAACCAGACUCCACAAUCGCCUCCUGAGAGUGUCCAGAUGGCAGGGGAAACUACUGCUACAACUCCUGUUUCAAAGGCAACAAGUGCUUCUCUACCUCCAAGGCCGCCUUUGCUCAGGAGGACUGUUUCCGAGCCAUCUCCUGAUAAGAGCCUCUCUAGGUCAUCGAGUUCUAGUGAUUAUGCUGACCCUAACUAUAAGUUGCUGAAGAGAAUGAGGGAUUGCAUUAAGGAGAUGAGUCACUGGUGGGAUGAGUAUCUGCCUAAUCUACAUCAUGCGACUGGUGAAGAGUAUGGAGAAAAUAAAGACACUAAAGAUACUAUUGCAACAAAGUAUGAAGAAGAUAAAGGCACUGAAGAUACUAAUGCAACAGUGCAGGCUGAUUUGGUUACAGAAAUUGAAGAAGCUGUUUGUGUGGAGAAGGCUGGAGAGUGCUUGACCAUUAACUUUAAAUGUCCCUGCAGUAAAGGCUAUAAGAUUCUCCUCUCUGGAAAAGACUGUUACUACAAGCUCAUGUAGACUGUAUCAGAUACCAGCUUCUGAAACAGUACUUAUUUCGAUUUAAUCUGCAAUUCUUUUCCUAAGAUUCUGAGUUGAAACCCUUUUUAUCAUUUACUGAAUCUAGUCAUUCACUAGGUUUCUUAUUUUCUAUUUUCAUAGCAUAUCUUUAGAUGAUACCAUAUCACGUUGUCAGGAAAGUUAGAUGAAUAACUAUUCAUCUUCUUGCAACUGUGUCGUAAUAUGGGUAGAAUAUCAGCUCUGUUGAUUGUAAUCUCUUAGAAUUUUUAAAAGGUAAUAGUAAAUGGAUUUUAUUUGUUUCA